AUGGACCCAGAAAAAGAACUUGAUGAUCUCCGGACAUCACUUGUUUAUUUAGUGCAGGAUUUAUGGUCAACUUAUGCGAAUCUCGAAGAUAUUGUACAAUACUGCGAAGACAAAAUUAGAGAUGAUCAUUAUCAAAAAUCAAUUGUGGAAUUGGAGCGGGAUAUGAGAGGUACAGCUGAAAGGCUCGGUUUGAUGCCUACAAACCCAGAAUAUGAUACUAAUUAUGCUAUUACUGAGUUUGUCCCACGUGAGAUAAAAUAUAGAGGUAAAGAACCCUUAUUCUCACACAUGAAAUUCCAAACACAACAUAACGAGUUCCAUCAAAAAUUACGUAAAAAUGAUUUCUUUUCCUAA